CUGCAACCUGCCUGCAACAAGUUUGUCCGCAACGCCUAACUCACUCCCGUACACACCACCGUGACCCUGUACCCGUAGGACUCUGCAAGAGGUCGUCCAAACUAUGUCUCAUCCUGCUGUCAAAACUUCAAUGUCGCCUCAACUUACAGCCACAAACAUCCUCGACUGGCUGAAGCCCCCGCGAGGCGAAGCCCUAGCUAGACUACGAACCAAUGGUCUUGGCCUUCUCACACUCACCAUCUUCACAAAUCUCCUACCCCUGCCGUCACCAUGGGUGGCUAUUGCGACGGUGCGCAAGAAUACGCCUGUUAGCACGUUCUACUAUGGGCUCUGUGCCCUCGAGGUUCUGGCAUUAGCGGUACUAGGGCUUAACAUCCUUCAAGCAUCCUACGCACUGAAGUAUCCACGAACACAACCGACAGUCCCACCACUACCGCCUUCCCCAAAGGUCAACCAUGCAUCUCCGCGGAAAUGGCACUUGAGGAACAUGUCUCCAAAUCCUAGCCCGCAGCGUCAGAAGUCGUUCACCUACGCGCCCUCUCCAGCAUCGACCCCCUCACGGACGCUGAACUACACCAUACCUCCAUCUGCAACGCCGGGCUUUGAUUCGUCUUUCACAUCGUCCAUCGGUUCUGUCCCUCCAUCCCCGGCUUCGCCACUCGCUGCAUACAGAGGUAGACAUAGCGUUGCAUCCGGUCGUGCGCUUGACGGAUCGCUUCUCAGUCGCUUAGCUCGAGACGAUUCUGAUGAGGACGAGGAGGAUGACUGACCCCGGUUGCUGCGCUCACUGAUGUAUAGCGUAUGACAUGCCCCGAGUGGCAUACCGUGCCGAACGAUUGUGACACGAUCUUGAAGAUGUUGUAACGUCUCAUGUCUGCAUCAUUGUACACUUGCAUAUUCAUAGGGAAUGCAUUCACACAAGGGAGUCUAUGU